AUGUCGCAGUCACCUCAAAGAUCACUCCAUAUGUCCGAUUUGCAGAGUCCUAAAAAGUCAAAAAGAGAGAGGGAAGCUAGCGAUAUCGAUUUUUCUGCUCAAUGCGCUGCUUCCAAUAAGGAAAUUGAGUCUCUCAGAUACGACAUUCAACUCUUGAUGACAAAAGCCCACGCAUAUUGCAAAGAUACAGGAGUAAGCACAGAUGGACCAAUUCUCCCAUCAACUCCUCCAAGAUAUUCAUGUUCUAAUGUUUCAACACCAGGAUCGCCGUUUUCAAUGAAUGGAUCUUUCAUGAAUUCAUCAAGUAGAUCAAGAAAAUAG